AAUACAUUACACCCUGUCCCUUGACUGUCUUUCCAGGCUCAGGGCAGGAGUAGAAAGCAAUAAUCAUCCAUCCCCUGUGUAACUGGAAAGUUUGAAAGAAGAUUUUCUAUUGGAACAAUAAUAUGGCUCAGUCAAGAACUAAUUUUCUUCUCUUCUACCUCAAUUUCUUGCUGCUCUUCAUUUUAAAAAAAUCACUUUGCAUGAAUGAUGGCCCCAAGUGCCUGUCCAAUUCUUGCCAAAAGGAGUCUGAGUGCCACGCUGAUGCCACAGCCACUAGUUGCCACUGUCUGGACACAUCAGUGGACAUUUCUGCUGAAGACUGUAUUAAAGAUCCUUGCUCUUCUCUCCCUUGCCUUCACAAUGCUACUUGUGCAAGUGUUCCUGGAAACCUUGACUUUACUUGUGAUUGUCCCAUGGGGUACACUGGCAUUGUUUGUGAAACUGCCACUAGCUUGUGUGACUCAUACUUCUGUAGGCAUGGAGGCACUUGCCAGGAUGCACCUAGUGGUCCCACCUGUUCCUGUGCUGAAGGAUUCACAGGUGUACACUGUGAAACUGACAUUGACGAAUGCCUUUCCACUCCUUGCCUCAAUGGAGCUGUGUGCAGAGACAAGAUCGGGGGAUAUUCCUGCUAUUGUGUCCCAGGUUACCAAGGAAAGCACUGUGACCGGGAGGUGAAUGAAUGUGUUUCUGAACCUUGCCUGAAUGGUGCCACUUGUUUGAACCUCAUAGGGAAGUAUGAGUGCAUUUGUCCUCUUGAGUAUACAGGCAUUCACUGUGAAGAUGACAUCAACGAAUGUCACACGCACCCUUGUCAGAAUGGAGGGACCUGUGAAAAUUCUCCUGGAAGUUAUAUCUGCCAUUGUCUCGCUGGAGAGAAGGAUGGAAUUUUUUAUGGUGGCCAGAACUGCACAGAAAUCCUCUUUGGCUGUGUUCAACAUACCUGUCAGAAUGGGGGAUUGUGUAUUCCUCAUUUAAGAAAUGGACAACAUAGAUUUAACUGCAUAUGUUCGGCUGGCUACACAGGAGUACACUGUGAAAUUACGACAACAUUGUCUUUUCAGGGAAAUGGGUAUCUUCAGGUAAACAGCUUUGCAGCCUCCUCUGAGGACUAUUUUUAUAACAUAAACCUUAGUUUUUUGACUGUUCAGCCAACAACUUUGAUAUUUUACCGAGGGGACAAAGAUACCUUUGUGAAGCUGGAGUUACAAAAUGGCUGUUUAUACUUAUCCAUGCAGGUCAACAGUCAACUAAAGGCGUUUUUACAUAUAGCCUAUAAUGUCAAUGAUGGCGAAUGGCAUUCAGUAGAGGUCACCAUAGCCAGAACAGUAACACUGAAGUUACACAAGAGCUCUUGCACAGAAUCAUGUCUUAGUCAGACUGCUGCCAUAGUAGAUAACAGGCAGGCAGUGAUUGCUUUUCAAAACGUAUUUUUGGGUGGCUUGCCAAUAGGGAACAAUGACUCUCUGCUAAACAUCUACAGUAUGCAUUCUGCACCUUCAUUUGUAGGCUGCCUUCAGGACGUGGAAGUAGAUUUCAGCAUUAUUAUCCCAGAGAACUUAUCAUCUGGCACAUUUUUAAAUGUCAAAUCAGGCUGCGUUAAAAAAGAUUGGUGUGAGUACCAACCUUGUCAAAAUAAGGGGCAUUGCAAAAACUUAUGGCUGAACUAUCAAUGCGAUUGCUACCGGCCGUAUGCUGGGCCAAACUGCACUACAGAAUACAUUCCGGGAAGAUUUGGCCAGGAGGAAACCACUGGGUAUGCUGCUUUUUCCAUAGAAGAAAGUCAUGAAAAUGCCACAAUAUCAAUGUUUGUGCGAACACGCAAGCCUUUUGGCUUCUUAUUUGGUCUAGAAAGAAACACGUCCCUAUUUCUCAAGGUCUGGCUAGAAGAUGGGAAACUUGCAAUGUCAGGUCCACAAUCCAACAAAUUUUUAAGUCUGCCGAUUAUGAAUGAUGGAAAUUUCUAUUUCAUUUCUUUAAAAAUGGGGCCAGAUACGAUGGACUUGUUUCAAUCAUCAAACAACUUGGGCUCCAUUUCUACACCCUUUGUAAAAAUACAGAAAAGGGAUAUUCUCUACACCGGUGGCUUACCAAACAUGCAAGAAACCAUUCUAAAUGGAGGGUAUUUCAAAGGUUGUAUUCAAGAUUUAAGACUGAGCAACCACCCACUUGAAUUUUACCCUGUCACUACUUCGCUGAAUGCCGUCAGAAGCAAGAGCACGCUGAUCAAUGUAGUUGCAGGAUGCAUUGGAGAUGACCUCUGCAAGUCCGCUCCAUGCCAGAACGGUGGUGUUUGCUAUUCAAUCUGGGAUGACUUCACUUGUACUUGUCCACCAAAUAUGGCUGGGAAAGCUUGUGAAGAAGUAAAAUGGUGUGACUUCAGUCCUUGCCCUCCUGAAGCCCAAUGCCUGCUGGUGUAUCAAGGAUUUGAAUGUAUCUCCAAUGCCAUUUUUAAUGGCAGAAGCAGUGCCAUCUUUUAUAGAAGUAAUGGGAAGAUCAGGAGAGACCUCACUAAUAUAACCUUUGGUUUUCGGACUCGAAACUCAGAUGUGAUACUACUUUAUGCUGAGAAGGAACCAGAGUUCUUCUCUAUCAGUAUUCAGAAUAGCAAAUUGUUGUUCCAGCUGCAAAGUGGUAAUAAUUUUUUUACAUUGAGCCUGGCUAGUUCCCUAUCAGUGAAUGAUGGGAAGUGGCACAAGGUCACCUACUCUAUGGCAGAGCCACUGUCUCAGUCAUCAAGAUGGCGUAUUGAUAUAAAUGAUGAGAGAGAACAUGCAACAAGUACUGUUGCCACUGGAAACCUUAACUUCCUGAGAGAAGACACAGAUGUCUAUCUGGCUGACAAAGCUUUUGAUAAUAAAAAUGGACUGAGAGGGUGCAUGAGCACUGUGGAGAUUGGUGGAAUUCAUCUCUCUUACUUCGACAAUACUAAAAAACCUCAAGAAGAACAGUUUCUCAAGAUCUCUGCCAAUUCUGUUGUCACCGGUUGCCUUAAGUUGGAUGCCUGCAGCUUAAAUCCUUGCUUGAAUGGCGGGAUGUGUGAAGAUUUUUACAGCUAUUUUCGCUGCUCAUGUGCCAAGGGAUGGACUGGCUCUCAGUGUGAACUCAGUGUUGAUGAAUGCUCCUCAAACCCUUGUCUCCAUGGAAAUUGCAGUGAUGGAAUAUCAGCUUAUAAGUGUGUAUGCAAUCCUGGAUACAGAGGAACAAGGUGUGAAGAAGACAUAGAUGACUGUUUUGGACACCUCUGUGGAAAUGGUGCCACUUUUGUAGAUGGAAUUAAUGAUUAUUCAUGCCUAUGCACUGGGAAUUUCACUGGAAGAUUUUGCAGGCACAUACGAAUGCCUUCAACACUGUGUGGGAAUGAGAACAGAAAUAUCACCUGUUACAAUUAUGGCAACUGUACUGAGUUUGAAGGACGCUUAGAGUGCGUGUGCCUCACAGGCUUUGCAGGGCUACAAUGUGAAGUGGAUAUCAAUGAAUGCAACUCUAAUCCAUGCCUCAAUGGGGGCCUCUGCCAGAACCAGAACAACAAAUUUUACUGUAUUUGUGAUGUGAAUUAUGCUGGUGAUCGCUGUGAGAUAGAUCUGACAGUUGACCUGUCCUCCAAUAUAUUCACCUCCAUUGGCUCAAUGAUCUUGGUCUUGUUACUCAUCUUUCUUGUAGUAGGCAUGGCUUACAUCGUAACUGCCAAUAAACGUGCCACCCAAGGGACUUACAGCCCCAGUCGCCAAGAGAAGGAGGGAUCCCGAGUUGAAAUGUGGAACAUGGCGCAACAUCCUCCCUUGGAAAGACUGAUCUAACUGAAAUUAAUAAUGAUCUUCUCCACUGAUAACAUAAAACAAAAAGAACGUUUGGAAUACCACAGUAGAAUCCUGUAGACCAUAAGGAUUUCUGCCAUUCAACUCAGAAACCUUGCUUAAUUAUCAGAGGAGGCUUCACGGUUGCGUGAGACUUUUCAGCUUUGCAUUUCUGUUGUUAAACCUUUUACACAUUCAAUGCCUGUGGAAGGAAGAGAAAAUUUUAAAAAGCCAAGCAAUCCGUUUGUCCUUGCAUGCACAGGAAAGCACUUUGGGGUGCAAGAUUUCAUUCUGGAAAGCAUUCAUGAUCAAAGCGGCUGGAUGCCAUGUCUCAUUUUAUGAAAAUUGUUAUUCAUUGUGUUGAUCAUUAUAUUUAGAGUACAAUCAAGUUUAGACUGUAAUAGUUCCUGGGAUCUGUGUUAAGUGCCUACAUUUCAGAUGUGACUGAAAGCCACUUACCUUCUGGCCAUCACUUCAGAAGAAUGUUGUCACCCAAUGCUCCAUGUACACUCCUUGUCCUUCGCUUACUUCUCUGCAGAAUCUUUAGAAGUAGAAGUGUUUCUCUGCAGUACAUCAGUUUAAAUUCUUUAAACAGGAGUGAAAUCAACAUUAUGGGGAAAAAACUGUUCUUGCAGCAAAAUAAAGCUUUGAAACCAUUCUUCACUUUGGAGUGUUUUUGUCAUCUUAAAGACUUGUAGACUUAGACCACAGAGGAAUGACCAUAUGCAAUUACCAGCAUUUUCAA